CCAUCAUUUACUUAGGUUGUGAACUUCAUCAUACAUCACAGCUUCUUCUGUCUUUUGUCUAGCCAUUGUGCGCGCCUCUAUGCCUUGGGCACCUUUCUCUUGCUCGGUAUUGCUUCGAUUCAGCCUUGCCAUCUAAUUGUCUCCGCGACAUUGGCUAUUCGACGCGUCGCCCUUAGCCAUUGCGGCGCCAUCGUGAAUCUACUGUUUCUUCUCGACUCCCGUCCCGGAAACCGCGCCCGACGCGUCCCAGGGCAGUCAUGGAGGCCGACUCAGCACACAACCGCUACCGUUCUCGCAUUCUGCGGGAAAUGAACGCAAACCGCGACAACCCAUUCAACUCUCCGCCUUCUUCGACGGGCUCCCACGGCACCGUCAGCCCGACCAUGUCCUCUGUUUUCUCAGAACCCGACGGAGAAUCCACCCGCAGACUCAACGAAGAUAUUGCUCGGAUUAUUGGUCCUACUGGGGGCAAGAUCCAAGUAGACUUGGACGCUGCCCACCGCAAGUGGCCCGAAUUCUACGCCAAGCCGAAGGCCAACGUCGAAGCAAGACACAAUCACCCCGCUCCCAAGCCUACGGGUUCAUUGCGUCACAAGGACACCGUCUCCCAUAAGGCUAUUGUCCAGAAGUAUCUGUCCAACAUGGACGACGACUCCACGGACAUGACUUGGCAGGGUUCUAAGCGGACGCGUGCUGAAAUGCAGCCCCGCGUCGAGGACAACGAGUCCGAUAUGUCAGCCAACAUAUCCAAGUCACCUUUCCGAUUCGAUAUCAAUGCCGACAGCUUCAAGUUCAACCCUCAACAGCAGAUGAGCCGUAGUCCCUUGUCAAGAGGACACGCUCGAUCAGCAUCUGGCAACCACAAGUCAGCACGACGAUCUUCCUACGCCGCCAACACUGACCGACGGAAGUCAGACUUCCUGGCUCCCCCCACACAAGCCACCCCGAGGCAGACCGCUGCCGACAAUGUCCCUACGAAUAAGUCUACCCCUGUCACAUUCAACACGAUCCGAAGCACGUUCCCUUCGCCUGCCACUACCGAUAGCCCGGCACAGAAUGGCGCCACGUCACGCUCUUUCUUCAUGCCCGAUAUCUCUCACCUCAACGACUUCAUCUCCGGCAACUUGCGCUUCAAUGGGGCAGUGAAGAAUGGCGUCCCAGUCUUCGUGAAGAACGGACAAGUGCGGGACCGCAUUGAUGCCUUGCCGCCCAAUGACCAUGCCGAGGUGGACGGCCUUGCGAUUCCCGAGGAUGAAGAGAAGAUAUUCGUGUCCAUGGAUAUGAUCCGGAACGAGAUUUGCAAUCUUCAGGAGCACGAUGAUUUGGUUCAGCAGCAUGCGGUAGAGCUCGAGAAUCAGGUGGACCAUCUUCAGACCGAAUUGAAGCGCAUCAAGGGCCGCAAGUCUAUCGAUAGUGCCCUCGGAUCCCGGACAGGCUCAGAGCCGGAAACGGCUGGCGAGGAGCGCUAUCAGACACAGAAGCUGAGUGAGUAUCAUGAGACUGCUUGUUGAAAUUCCAUCUAACCAGUGACAGAGUUGGAGUCGCAGGUAACAUCU